AUGCGACUUACCACCUUCCUAUUCACCCUCGUCCAUCUCUUAGCGCUCACCUCCGCAGCAAUGACAGGCAACUUCAUGGGGCUGGGGUCUGUAUUCAACCAAACGCAGACGGCCAUCCAACGUCUCCAACAAGUAGCAGGACAUCUCGUCCCCGAUACAUCGAGUCUGAAUUUGACGAACUUGAAUCUGAAGGUGAAUCUGACUCAACUCGCCAACCGGACCGGUCCCUACGUGGAUGCUGCGAAGCCGCAAAUCGCCCGAGCGGGGAAUGCGACGAAAGCCUAUGUUGUGAAACAUCCCUACCAGACAAUCUUUAGCAUCGUGGGUCUUUUCUACCCGGGAGGGUUGCUUAACCUAGUGGGAUAUGGUCGGUUGGGGCCAUGGGCAGGGUCGUUGGCAGCAUGGAGCCAAUCCUACCUGGGAAAUCCUGUCGCACGAGGUGUCCGGCCGUGGUUGCAAAGCGCGGCGAUGAAUGGAUAUGCGGCGGCUCCGGUGUUGAACACUGUCCGGGGGGUGAUAGUGUCAGCUGGGGGGUAUAUGGUGUGGAAAGAGGGGUUCAAUAAUGGGAAAGGUGAACAACAAGAGGGAAAAGAAGGAAAGGGAGAAUGA